UCUUUUCUUUCUUUUGUUUUACUAUCAUGGAUCCUUCCUCUGUGAACGGUUUCUACUCUUCUCUAACUCGUGGGAUCGAUGAUCUUGAACUCGUUUAUCUCUCUAACAACUUCAUGUCUAUCCAAUUUCUUCAACGGGCUCUUUCUCUUCUUAGAUCAUUUCAUUCUCAACUAACUCUCCUCGUCCAGAAACUCCAUUUACCCGUUGGUGAAAAAUGGCUCGAUGAAUACAUGGACGAAAGUUCCAAGCUCUGGGAGGCUUGUCACGUUCUCAAAUCGGGAAUUUCAGGAAUGGAAAAUUAUUACUCUGCUGGCUUAAACAUCACUUCAUCUCUCGACAAUCAUCGCCACCUUAGCCCACAACUCUCCAGACAGCAGGUGAUCCGGGCAAUUUCAGGGUGUAGAAGAGAGGCAGUGGGGCUGGAAGAAGAGAACAGGGCUUUGAUGGAAACGAGAAUCCAGCCACUUUCGUUAAGAUUUGAUGAGAAGGUGUCAAUCGAGUCAAAACUGAAUGGAUUCAAUGGUUUUAGAGGAGUCUUAUAUGCAAUGAGAAACGUAAGUUCACUGCUGCUGAUGAUCUUGGUGUACGGACUGGUGUACUGUUGGCCGGAGACAAGUGGAGGAGUUGGAGGAGGAGUUGAAGGGUGCUUGUUUUUUGGAUCGGCGUUUAUGAUCUCAACGGCAAGAUUGCAACAAAGAGUGGCGACAGAGAUAAGUCAAAUGAAUGGAAGGCCGGGGGUGUUAUUGUAUGAAUUUAGAAGGUCAAAGAUGGCGUUGGAUGAGCUGAGAGCAGAGUUGGAGAGAAGGAGUGGAGGGCAUGGACAUGGACAUGGUCAAGGAGGAGGAGUGGUGGUGGAUUGGGAAACAGAGGUGGGGAUAAGGGAGAGAGUGGAGAAUUUGAAGGGAUGCUUUGGUGUAUUGAGAUCUGGUGCUGAGAAUAUUGUUGGACAACUUGAUGAUUUCUUUGAUGAGAUUGUUGAAGGAAGGAAGAAGCUUUUGGACUUUUGCAGUCAUAGGUAGAGCUAGAGAUUAGAAUCGUCGAACCAAAAAAAGAAAAAAAAAAAAGAAAAGAAAAAAGAAAAAAGAAAUAUAUAUUAUUACUAGGUAGAGGAAUCAGUUGUUGGGGUUGUUGUACCUUUAACCCAUCUCUUCAUCUUUUUAUUUCUUUUUUUCAUUUU